AUGUUCAGAGGAAAAAUGACCAGCAUUGGGAAGAAGCUGAUUCGCCGGCGUGUGGUGGAUCUGAGCUCUGAGGACACACGUUUUGCUCGCUGCCUUUCCACGCUGGACCUCAUAGCCCUGGGGGUGGGCAGCACGCUGGGGGCCGGUGUGUAUGUGCUGGCUGGGGAGGUAGCCAAGGAGAUGGCUGGUCCGUCUAUUGUUCUCUGCUUUCUGGUGGCUGCUUUCUCAUCAGUACUGGCUGGGCUCUGCUACGCAGAGUUUGGGGCCCGUGUCCCCAAGACUGGCUCUGCCUACCUCUACAGCUAUGUCACCGUAGGCGAGAUCUGGGCUUUCACAACUGGCUGGAACCUCAUCCUCUCCUACGUGAUAGGCACAGCCAGCGUGGCUCGAGCCUGGAGUGCGGCAUUCGACAACAUCAUUGGCAACCACAUCUCCGCCUUCUUCAUGAACAAGGCCACAAUGCACCUGCCAGGAGUGCUGGCUGAGCGCCCAGACUUCUUUGCCCCAGUCCUGAUUGGUCUACUCACUGCACUGCUUGCCUUCGGUGUCAGUGAAUCUGCCCUUGUGAACAAAAUCUUCACGGCAGUGAACCUGGUGGUGCUGGGCUUUGUCAUCAUUUCUGGCUUUGUGAAGGGAGACAUCAAAAACUGGCAGCUCUUGGAGGAGGACUACGUUAACCGCUCACACCUGGACCUGCUGGAUGACAUUGAAAAAAAAGACUUCGGUUCUGGUGGGUUUGUUCCCUUUGGACUGGAAGGCAUCUUGACCGGUGCUGCCACCUGCUUCUAUGCUUUUGUGGGCUUUGACUGCAUUGCCACCACAGGGGAGGAAGCAAGGAACCCACAGCGCUCAAUCCCCAUUGGCAUCAUUGUGUCCCUCGUCAUCUGCUUUGUGGCUUAUUUCGGGGUCUCUGCAGCCCUGACCCUCAUGGUGCCCUACUUCCUCCUGAACAAGGAGAGCCCCCUGCCUGAGGCUUUCAAGGAAGUGGGCUGGGAGCCUGCCCGCUAUGCUGUUGCUGUUGGCUCGCUCUGUGCCCUCUCCACCAGCUUGCUGGGCUCCAUGUUCCCCAUGCCCCGUGUGAUCUAUGCCAUGGCAGAGGAUGGGCUGCUCUUCAAGUUCCUCUCCAGUAUCAACAGCCGCACAAAGACACCUCUGUCAGCCACCAUCACCUCUGGGCUCUUUGCGGCGGUGAUGGCCUUCCUGCUUGACCUGAAGGACCUGGUGGAACUCAUGUCGAUUGGCACGCUGCUGGCCUACUCCCUGGUGGCGGUGUGUGUGCUCAUUCUCCGGUACCAGUCUGGGCAGCUGGACUCCCCAAAGGCCAUUGAAAUGCUGGAGCUGAAUGGGAAUGAGGAGGAGAGAGUCAUAAUGAACUCGACCAGCACCACCACUAGUGCCCAGCAGAAAGAGAUUUUAUCCCUGGCAAGGCUCUUCAGCCCACCUGUGGACACACCCUCUGCUCUCUCUGGGCGCAUUGUCUGCUUCUGUGUCUCAGUCAUUGCCACACUGAUCGUUGUCAUCUGCAUGGUCCUCACCCUCAAGAUGACUGCACUGAAGGAUGCCAGCAUAGGCUGGAUUGUGACCCUGGUGCUACUUCUCAUGGCUCUGCUCAUUCCCACCAUCAUCAUUUGGAGGCAGCCUCAGAGCAACAUGCAUUUGAACUUCAAAGUACCUUUCCUGCCACCUCUGCCAAUCUUCAGCAUCUUCAUUAACAUCCUGCUGAUGGCACAGCUGAGUGCCAACACCUGGAUGCUGUUCGCAGUCUGGAUGGCCAUAGGUUUUAUGGUUUACUUUGGCUAUGGAAUUCGGAACAGCAUGGAAGGGAAAAAGGCAGAGAAACCCUGUGCCACAGUAGAAGAGCCUCUGCACCACACUGGACUGGAUCUCGGCUCCAGGACUGCUGCAGUCUGA